AUGAGCACUGAGGAGAUUGGAAAGAAGGCGGAUUUAGGACCUGAAUAUCAGCGUCUAUUACCUCAGGCAGAGACUGUAGCUGCCAGUGGUGAUGUAGAACGUGCAUGUGAAAUGAUGUUAUCGAUAGAGAAACAGGCACGACUGGCAAAUGACGUGGCUACAUUAAAAGAAGCGGUGGGCGCGAUCCUCACUCUAUGCGCACAGCAUAAACGCUGGGAUUUACUAAAGGAUCAUGCUGCACUAUUAGCAAAGCGUCGUGCACAGAAAUCAGGAGCUAUUACUGUUGUAGUACAACGGGCGAUGGAAUACUUGGCUGAGACGCCGUCGGAUACGGUCAAGAUGGAGCUUAUUAACGUAUUACGUAAUGUAGUAGAAGGCAAGAUCUUUUUAGAGAAAGAGAGAGCUACAUUGACUCAAAUGUUGUCGAGAAUGAAGGAAGCUCGUGGAGAAAUUGGUGAAGCAGCAACUAUCUUACAGGAGGUUCAUGUCGAGACAUAUGGUGCUAUGACGAAGCUCGAAAAGACAGAGUAUAUCUUGGAACAAGUGAGACUCACACUGGCCAAAAAGGACUAUGUGAGAGCUAAUAUUCUAGCCAAGAAGAUUCUGCGUCGUACGCUAGAAGAAAAGGACUUUGAGGAGUGCAAACUCAAGUUUUAUCAUUUGAUGAUUGAGUAUGAUACGCAUGAGAACAAUACGCUGGAAUUGUGUCGCCAUUGGAUGGCGAUCUUUAACACAAAGAUGGUCAAGGAAAAGGAUGAGAUGUGGAAGAAAGCCCUCGAACACGCCACGGUCUUCAUCGUGCUGUCGGCUUACUCAAACUUGCAGAACGAUUUGCUACACAAGUUGGCGAGUGAGAAACUGGCUGAGAAGACUCCGAACUUUGCAGCGGUGCUCAAACAGUUUACGACCAAGGAGAUUAUUGGAUUUCCUAUGGAACAGGACGCAGUGCUAAAGGAACACCCGAUCUUCAAGCACUGUGAACGUGGUGCUGAGUGGUGGAAGACCUUGCACACUCGCGUCAUUGAGCACAACAUUCGUGUGGUAGCAGUACAUUACGACCGUAUUCGUCUGCCUCACUUGGCCAACAUGAUUGGACUCACGGAAGAUCUAACGGAGAGCUCUAUCUCGACCUUGGUGAGCGACGGUUCCAUUUAUGCCAAAAUCGAUCGCCCUGCCAAGGUCGUGUCGUUUCACAGACCACUAUCACCGGAAGAGCAGCUUUCGAACUGGUCGGCGGAUAUAUCUCAGCUGCUUCGCCUAGUCGAGACUACGUGUCACUUGGUCAACAAAGAAAACAUGAUUCACAAAAUCUAG